UUACGCUUAUGCAUUUACGAGCGCCUAAUUACCAUAUAGUGAAGUACCCACUUUUUUUUCUUUUUUUUUUUCGUAAUUCUAAUCGAUAAUUUUUUCCUUUAAAUUCAACAAUGGCCCAGCUAGAUGUUUUAAUUCGCAAACGUAGUGGCAUGAAAGCCAAGCUUACAAAUUUCUCCAAUUAUAUUAGCUCAAUUGGCGCUUCCGGCAUAAUCUCCGAACUUCAACAUGAAUUACAAUGUCGAUUAAAUAAAUACGAGGCAUUAUACGAUCAAUUCGAUGAAUUACAGGUGGAGAUUGAGGUGUGUUCCGACAAGCCAGAGGACGAAUACGAGGAACGUUCAAAAUUCGAAGAGCGUUAUUACGCGCUGAUGGCGCAAGCGCGCAAUCUGCUGUGCAGAGAUGGUGCAGCAGAUGACGGCCGCUCUGUUGCAGGUUCGAUAUGCAAACAAGCAGCUAUGGUGAAAGUGAUUGACGACAACGGCAACAGCAUGGACGCACGGCUUCUACUCGAUAACGGCAGUACGGCAAAUUUUAUAACGCAGUCGCUUUGCAGUAAACUAAAAUUAUCUACACGUUCCGUUACAAACAUGAAGGUGGAGCAUUUGCAGCGUUAUCAAAGAAUCAAUUAUAUAAAGCAGCAUUUUUGGAAGCGGUUUUCUAAAGAAUACGUCUCUUUACUUCAAACAAAAACUAAAUGGUUCCAUUCAACAGGACAACUAUCUGUCGGAACUCUUGUAUUAUUGAAGGAAGCAGGUCAACCUCCUCUACUGUGGCCAUUGGGACGAGUCACCAAAAUUUAUCCUGGCGUCGAUGGAGGCUCAAGAGUGGCAGAACUAAAGAUGAAAGGAAAAACUGUUCUACGGAGCUACAAAAACAUCUGUCCUCUUCCCUUGGACUAGAACCUUCUCGUCACUCUGAUACCACACCUCUUCCAUUACAACCACUUACAUCUGUUUCUUCACAGCCGUGGGCCCAUCACACUGCUUCUUUGAACAAAGGUGUUCAACCCGGGGAGGAUGUUCGCGCCCGAGAUGCGGGCAACCCUAUAAGCGGGCGAGCGAGCGGCGUGCGGGGAAGAAACGUCACUCAAAAUCUCAACCGGCUGCCGAUGCAUACGCGCACCGUAUAAUUUGUCUUUUUGCAACUUUGUAAUCCGAAAAUAAACCAUUACAACCAAGCAACUGUGUU